UAUCAACCUUACGGGGCCGCGUAUCUAUACUCCAACGUUCCCCAAUCCGCAGCUCCUGGUCACUUAACUUGUUCGUCGGCAGGAUCGGAUUCAGCUGUGAUCACCUUUUCCACUGCAACUCCUUCUGUGCCGAAUCUCUUUCCUAACUCCCCUUUCAUUUAUCUCGACGUUCUUGUGUAGCUCCUAGCUAUCUCCGUACGAACCGAACCCACCUGAGAUAAGCUAGCUUAUCACUCUGCAUCGAAUGCGCAACGAGCCAUAAUGUUCGACAUAUUUCCCAAAUUCCUGUCCUCGAUAGCAUCGUUCCUGUUUCCCCUCUUCGCCUCCUACAAAGCGCUCAAAACUUCCGACCCGGCCCAACUAACACCAUGGCUUAUGUACUGGUCGGUCCUCUCGUGCGCCCUUCUCGUUGAGUCCUGGUUAGAGUUCAUUCUCGUCUGGAUCCCAUUUUACGCCUACGUCCGCUUGCUCUUCCUCCUCUACCUCGUCCUCCCGCAGACCCAAGGCGCCCGCCACCUCUACGAGACGUACUUGCACCCGUACCUGGCCGAAAAUGAAAACGCCAUCGAGGACUUUAUCGCCAGCGCGCACGAUAGGCUCAAGGCGGCGGGAAUGGCGUACCUGAAGCAGGCGAUCGAACUCCUGAAGACCAAGGUGCUGGGUAUGCCGCCAAGUCCGGUGAGGGAGGAAGAGACACGUGCGAGCGCGCAGCCGCAGAGCUACACUUCGGCACUGCUAGCUAGGUUUAGUGUGCCCGCUGCUAGGUGGGCGACUGGAGGUGCGGGGAACACCGGACAGGACUUCUUCAACUUGCUUGCCGGCGCCGUGACGGCUGCGACUGGCGCUGGAACUGGCGCCGGAACGUCAUCCUCACCUGUCGGGACGCGGGAUGUCGACAUGAGUAUGAGCGGCACCCUAGUUCCGGACAACAUCGGCAGUGCGCAGGACAAGAUGAGCUUCAUUGCGCAGCAGAAGGAAAAGCUAGCGUUCGUGCUCAGCACGCUCGACAAGGAGGCUAGGGAUAUUGAACGAACAGAGGAGGAGCGGAGGGCUAGACAGGACCUGCGACCUGGCAGUAUGAGUCUGGAUGGCGGACAGGGCGACGUGACGUCGCGACCCCCAAGUGGUCACAGCAUGUGGAGCGCUUUGAGUAAGAGUCGAAGCGAGGUCGACUUCGAGAAGAUCGAUGCUGAGAGCGGCGAAGAAGAAGUCGACGGCAACGGCAUGCGAAGACGGCCACAUCCGGAAGGAACUGGUGCUGGUAAAGGCGCAUGGAGCUUCCUCGGUUGGGGUACGGUUGGACCGGGCACGCCAACGGAGAGCGGGCGAGGCUCUGGGUUUGAGCAGUAGUAUUAUUGCAUGCUGGAGUUUGGAAUUCCGGAUGGGUCGGGGUUUCUGGUAUGGCGCGUUUGUUUUAUGACUGCUAGACCGGAAGGCCGCAAGGGAUCGGUUCGAACUGUCCGCCUAGAGCCCAAGACUCUGGAAUGGGGAGCUGCGUGCUU